AAUGUGGAGAUGAAAACACUGGUGUCCAGGUCCAGGGUGGCAUACUACCAACGGCAGAGGCUCAUCUCUUGGGUUUCGUCGCGGCUCCUCCCCCAUUCCCCCCCUCCCCCCCGCAAAAAAAAAAAAGACGCCCAAUCUGGCCACGCCCCUCGGGUUCAGCCCGCCUCCAAGCUCUUCCGUUUCCGCUCGUGGCCAAGCGGCUUCCGGCUCUCAGUACUGGGAGUCACCAUGUCGGAACCACGACCUUUGCUGCGAAUUUUGUGCCUGGCCGGUUUUAGACAGAGCGAGCGCGGCUUCCGCGAAAAAACCGGGUCCCUGAGGAAGGCGCUGCGGGGCCGUGCUGAGCUCCUGUACCUCAGCGGCCCGCACCCCAUCCCAGAGCCCGCCGCCUCGGCUGGGCCCUGUCCCCCGGAGGAAGAACCUCGAGGCUGGUGGUUUUCAGAGCCGGAGGCAGCCGCGUUCUCCGCCCUGGAAGAGCCCGCCAAAUGCCGGGGCCUGGAGGAAGCCUUAGAGGUGGUUGGGCAAGCGAUGGCCAGAUAUGGCCCCUUGGACGGACUCCUUGGUUUUAGUCAAGGGGCGGCAUUAGCAGCCUUAGUAUGCGCCCUGGGGCAGGCGGGUGACCCCCGCUUCCCCCUCCCUCGAUUUGUCAUCUUGGUUUCUGGUUUUCGGCCGAGAGGCCCCGAAGUCACCCUACCUUUCCAGCAGGCACCCCUUCUGCUGCCUUCGUUGCACGUGCUGGGAGAGACUGAUAAAGUCAUCCCUACUCAGGAAAGCCUCCAACUAGCCACCUGCUUCUCUGGGCCUGUCACUCUCUCUCACCCUGGGGGCCACUUCAUUCCAGCUGCUGCUCCCCAGCGCCAGGUGUACCUCAAGUUUCUGGAUCAGUUUAUAAAGUGAGAUUGCCGGAUUCCCUUGACUGUGUCCCCCCAACAGACCAUGAAGAUACAAGGAGCUCUAGGCCAGCCAGUCCUUCACCAGCAAACUUCCUUGACACAUGGGUACAGCUCCUGGACAUCAUAGUGAUGUUGAGACCCUUGGGUUCAAACGAAGAGGGAUUCGGCUGGGAAGAGAGUAAGCAGGCCAGGACACACUGGACAGGUUUCCCCCUGUGCCAGAGAUUCUACAACAUGAAAUGUGCUGAUUGACCUGUAGGGAAUGUAAGGCAGGUGUACUGGACUAGAAGUGGGCGGGAAAGGUGGUGGACUCGAGGAAUGUUAGUGUUGUAAUCACCACCCAAUAAAGCAUCUAUUUUGA